UAUGACAAGAGUUGAAGAGUGUGGAGGAUACUGGUUCCCUUAUCCACACAUGUUCUGUCUCCAAGAAUCUAAUCUUAAAGUUAAAAUAAUAAUAGAAAAAGGGUUGCGACAACACUGUGUCUUAUAUCCAAUUGCCACUGAUCAAAGAAGCAUCAAUGGCUGAAGCAUUCACCUUCACAAACCUUCAUAUCCCUUCUUCUUCAAGCUACUUGAAUGAGAAAAGGGGAAAGAAUCUGAUGAGAGGAAGCUUAUGUGUAAGAAAGGCACUGCCACAUGAUUUGCCACUAAUGGCUGUGAUGGUUCAACAAAUAGAAGGGAUGCGUGAUAUCAUUACAGAGAAACACGUCUGGCAUCUAAGUGAUAAAGCCAUCAAGAAUGUCUAUUUGUUCUACAUCAUGUUCACUUGUUGGGGAUGUCUGUACUUUGGUUCCGCAAAGGAUCCAUUCUAUGACUCGGAGGAGUACCGUGGAGAUGGAGGUGAUGGAACCGGAUAUUGGGUCUAUGAAACUGUAAAAGACAUAGAAGAGAAAGCAAGAGCAGAGUUAUGGCGUGAAGAACUUAUCGAAGAAAUUGAACAGAAAGUUGGUGGGUUAAGAGAGCUCGAAGAAGCUGUUACCAAGUAGACAACUAACUUGUAAAUCAUAAACAAACUAUGCACAUAGAUUUUAUUUCUUUGAUAACGGUCAUAAACCACUCUUCCAUUUAUAUAAUAUAUAUGUUAUCUGUAUCUUUGUUGUGUUGUGUGUUUCUGAAUCAUGGAAUGAACAUGUUAGGAGCAAUCGCCUCAUUCAGAUU